AUGAUUAUGGCCACAAAUAAAAUGGUAGUGGAAUCCCAAAAGCUGGAGUCCUGUGGGGGGGCAGAGGGUGGAGACAACUACAUUCACGUGAAGAUAUUACAGGUCCCAGCUAAAUGUGGCUCCGCCCCUGCUGUGCCACCUCCACCCACUGCUGCAGGUGCUUCAAAUGGGCUCAUUGUCUCUGACCCAUCUAAAGUACUACCAGUUGCAUAUGUCCACCAACCCAGCUCCUCUACAGCUCCAGACAAAGGGCGCCUGACCACCUCCCCUUCUGUCAUGGUGGUAGCAAAGGUAGCCCCCCAAGGAGGAGUGGCCAUAAGGGGAACACCACAUACAACAAGACCAGCCCUAAGUCACGUGGUCUCCACGACCACGACCCCGGGAAGGACCGUGGUAAUAACAGUACCAAGGGCAGCGGGUCCACAGACGGUGCCUGUGGCCCCCCAGCUGCCCCACACUGGCCCUCCACAGUUCCCAGCCAAUAUCCAGAUCCCACCCGGUAUGAUGUUGAUCCGCAGUGACAGUGGUCAGCUGAUGCUCGUAUCGCAGCAGGCUUUGGCACAGGCUCAGCAGGCACCAAGAAGUGUCUGUGGUCAAGCCCCUAGAAUACUGAUUCCACAGGUAUCUUCAGCAGCUGGAAAUAAAAACCAUGAGAAGGUGACCGUGAUCAGGAUGACAGCCCCUCCCGGUUUCCACCCAGCACCAGUUCAGAAGACAGCUGUUGUAAAGGUGAAUGGUGCGACUCCCAAACCGGCUGUAGUCCAGAAGCUCAGCGCUGUGUCUGAUCGGGGGAGCCAGCCUCUCGUUCAUACGGUUGUCGCAGAACCCAAAAAGGAGAUGGCAGCCAACGUCAGUCAGGCGACCCUGGAAAGUGUGAAGAAGUGCAAGAACUUCUUGGUGACUCUGAUAAAGCUGGCCUCCAGUGACUCCAGGUCAGCCAACAUGGCCAACAACGUCAGAGGACUGGUCAAGAGUCUGCUGGAAGGGAAACUAGAAGCAGAGGAGUUCACAGAACAGCUUUAUCGCGAGUUGAAGUCCACUCCACAGCCCUGCUUGGUGCCUUUCCUCAAGAAAAGUCUUCCUGCAGUGCGUCGCCUCACUGCAGACCCCCAUCUAUUCAUCCAACAAGCUUCAAAUUCUACCGGCAACCACAGCACCGCCACAGGACAACCCCUCAGCACCAGCCAGCAGGUAAUCAAGCAGCCUUCAGGAGUGACUCUGAGACCAGGUAUGACGACAUUGGUUCAGUCCAGAAAUUACAUGCUGAAGAGCAGCAGACCCAUCCCCAAACAUGUAAUAGUCCAGUCUGGAAAACCCUUUGCAGGAGUGUUGUCAUUAAAGCAACCUUUCACUCAGGAACCACCUUGUUCGAUCAAAUUCGCAUUCAAGGACAGUUCAGGAUCAUACAAAGAGGACGAUGACAUCAACGACGUAGCCUCCAUGGCUGGAGUCAACCUGAGGGAGGAGAAUGCACGGAUCUUGACCUCGGGGGUGGGCUCUGUGGUCCAGUCAUGCCAGGAUCAGCUCUUCCUCUCACCAAGCCUGGUGCUGAGCCGAAUCCUGCGCUCAGGACGGGCAUUUGCCGUAACCGAUGUGGGUCCCAACGUGGUGGCUCUGGUGUCUCAUGCAACCCAGGAGUGUCUCCGUGGGCUGCUGGAGAAGCUCACUGGGAUUGCAGAACAUCGCAGGGCCGCCCUGAAGGAGGACUUGUGGCAUGCCAAAGUCAGUGACGUGCGUUCCCAGCUUCGCUUCCUGGAGGAAGUGGAGAGUUUGAAGAAGAAGAGAAGAGAUGAAGAGGAGAGAGAGAGACUGCUGCGUCUAGCCAGAAGUCGCUCACACACUGAGGACCCACAUCAUCAGCAGCUGAAGCAAAGAGCCAAAGAGUUGCAGCAGAUGGAAGAAGCUCAGCUCCAACAGAGAGAAGCCAACCUCGCCGCUCUGGCUGCCAUCGGGCCUCGCAAGAAGAGACCUUUGGAGCCCACUGCGAGCCAGGUGACCACGCUGCCCCGACUGGCUGUUCAGAGGGUGACUCGGGUGAUGCUGAGGGAUCUGCUGCUGUGUAUGGAGCAGCACCACUUCCUGUGUCAUUCCCUCUCUCUGUACAGAGCAAUGCUCUGAAGAUCUCAACCUGUCAUCAUAAUUUUUGGCUUUUUGUACUUUUGAUUCAGUUCUGUUCAACAUCUUUCUGUUCAUUAUCUCCUUUGUUUUCAGUAAAGGCACUUUCGAAAGCCCUAAUUUUGGUUUUCAUUAAUGUAAAAAAUAUAAUAAAUGAAACAGAUGCUGCUUUGGAUGUGUUGAAUGUUAUUUUGUGUUUAUUGUUCUGCUUUAUUUGAGCAUUAAAAAGAGUGGACUGUUCCUUCCUGACCUCUAGUGUC